UACAACUUCACAUCAAAAGAAAUGUCAUGAGACUGAAAUGUUAUUUACGUGUGAGUGCAACAAUUUGUUCGACAACUAAAAAUAAUAAUUGAUAACAACAACAAAAAAUAGUGUUGGUAACCAAAAAGUGCGGCGGAGAAUAAAAUAAAAAUGAAUAUUUUACCCAAAAAGAGAUGGCACGUACGAACCAAGGAAAAUAUAGCGCGUGUACGGAGAGAUGAAGCAAAAGCAGCAGAAGAAGAAAAAGCAAAAAAAGCCCGGAUCCAAAAAGCUGAAACUGAAGCAAGAAUCAAUUUUCUCCGAAACAAAGCGAGAAGCAAAUACGAUGGUCGUGCGAGCGAACCCGAGGAUGAAAAAAAGCCAAAGGUUCUCGAGCAUGUGAACUUUUUUGCUGAUCUUGAAGAAGGAAUCGUUGAUCAUAACAAACCGAACGUAGAGCAUGAAGCAGAGAAGAAAGAAGAACAGGAAAAGUACGAGAAGCAAAUUGGGUAUCUGACAUAUCUUGGACAAGACACUAAUGAGGCGACGGGUAAAACAAAUUGGUAUAAUGAAUUGCCAAAACGUUUGAAGGACGAAGAGCCCGCCCUUGAAGUUCAAACAGCAAAGAAAUCUUACGCAGAUCCUAUGAAAGAUAUACGAAGGUACUUGAAUCUCAUGGGUUCAUCAGCAUCAAAGUCCACUGAAUCAAAAUCCAAAAUUCUCAAAGUUGAAAAAGGUGUGAAACGGAAACGUGAUUCAUCGGAAGAAAAAUCUCGAUCUCCGAAAAGACACAAGAAGAGUAAAAAAAAAUCGAAAAAGCACAAAUCCUCAAAACGAAGAAAAAGUCCAGAAUCGAAUGUCCCUAAUGAAAAGAAACGACAUGACAUUGAAAAAUUACGAGCUGCACGGCUGUUGAGAGAACAGCAAGAAAGGUUGAGGACCAAAACUCUUCUUGCAAAAUUAAACGGCGAAACUUUACCAACUCCGGUGAAAGAGGAAUCACAUAAAUCACCAAUUAAACAAAAAUACAACUCGCAAUUCUGCCCAGAAAUUGCCAGACAGAACGUCGAACGAAAGGCGCGAACAUGAUUUUUAUUUGAAAAACAUUUUUAUUGCCUGUAAUCAAAUUUACUUACCGUUUAGGACGGAAACGGUGAUUGUGAAAAAUUUGGGUACAAAUGCGCUCGGAUGUGAGAUAAGAAAAAAAUCGCAACCCUCGUCACGCAGUAACGAAAAACGUUGAGGAGGAUGAAGAAGUAGUCAGAAUCGCGAAAACGGUGACAUUCCCAAGUUAGCCGGGUUUCGCAGGCCAAGUGUCUACGAGUAGGCAUUAAAAUUUUUCAAUCUAAAAGUUCAUAAAAUUAGAGCAAUUAGAGCAAAGAGUUUUCAUCAGUAUACGAAAAUUUUUUCCGGAACUUGGUUCUCAAUUAUUGUAAAUAAAAUGCAAAAAAGAUAUGAAGAAAA